AUGCCUCUCCCAGAAUUUUCCGACGAGCUCGUCCUGAUGAUAGCCCGCGCCGCCGUGCCGUCCGUCCUGUUGGCGAAAGCCAUCCACCGCCCAGGAGGCGGAAAGGCCGACAAGAUCAUCGCGGUGAACGGCGGUGACUUCCAGGUCGCCAUCGCUUUCCUCUCCUUCUCCUUCUCGCACAGCGAGAUUUUGCAGGAGGUGAGGAACUCCACCACCCUACGCAUCGAAUCUUGGCUCAACGGAGAGGAGGAGGGAGGUGAUGAGCGAAAGCCAAACCUCCCUGUGGACACCUCCAGCUUCCUCCGCGCCAUCGACAAAUUCGAGGUGAGGGACAUGGAGUUUACCGCUCUCCUGGCUCCCGGAGAAGAAUACAGCAACGACUUCAUCACCUACCUCCAUCCAUACAUGAAGCACAUCCUGCGGUACACCCUCGCCUUGGAGCGCGACGCAACAAGAGCCGACAAGGUCCUCCGCAAGAAGAUUCUCGUCCACAGCUACCUCACGCCAGACUCGCGCGAGCUUUCUCCAUGCCAAUGGGUUCCCGGUGCUCUGUCCUCGCCCUGGCCCAGCUUCAUUUGGGUCGUCAACUCCGCCUUGGACGUCGCGCAGAUGAUCGCAGACUACGGGGAUAGCACCUUUGCCGACGCGUUUGGAGACAUCUCCAUCGCCCUGAGCAGGAGCGUCAACGAAAAGCUAGAACUGCUAAAGAAGAUGGACAUCAUCUACGGACCUGAGCCCCCAAAGGACAAGAUGCAGGAAUGGAAGAGACCCUAUACGGUCUCCGUGUGGUCGCAGAUGCAGGGACUGAUUCGCGAGCACGAUUGGGUCAAGGUGCAUGAGGAGGACAUGACGAACACAAGCUUAGCUGAGAGGCGUCGGGAGAGGUACGGUGACGAAGAUGAAUGA